AUGAUUGGGUUGAAAUCCAGGUUACAACUCCGAGGAGUCACUCUGGUGAGAAACAUUAUCAAACCCAAUACAAAUUUCUCUCGUAACAAGUCAUUUUUCACAAUUCCUCCACCACCAAAGAAGAAUAAAAGAUAUGAACAUCUUCCAAAUUGGAGACAAUGGGCUGCAUAUCUUGGAGAAAACGAGGCUCAAAAGAAGGCCACCAAAUACUACGUUGCUGGGUUUGGGGUUGUUUGUGUCUGUUUCUACUAUUACAUGCGUGACAAGUUUUAUGAAGAUCAACAAAGUAAUCUUAUUAAGGCCAAAUUUUUAAAAGAUCCUGAUAGUCUUACCGAAUAUGAACACCUUAGAUUGAAAUUAAUCUGUGGUGAAGCUCUCAAGAGUAGAGAGGAAAAAUUAUUCCGUAUGUAUCUGGAAAUGAGAAAGGAAUUUUUCAGAAAGAGUUUAGCUAGACGUGAUGACUUAACUUUCCUGCCAACGGAAGAAGAUUUAGCUGCUUGGUAUGAUAAACAACCAAAGAGAGUGAUGAAAAAGGCUCCUGUAGGUGAUGCAACUACUGAAAAUGGUGUCGUUGAAGAAAAAGUGUCUCGUGGUAUCAGUAAUAAGGAAAACCCCAAUAUCAUGGAAGCCCAUGACACUACUGAAUUUUUUGACGAAAAGGCAGAAGCUUACGAUGCUGAGGUCAAUUGGGAAGAAAGAGCUGUCCUUAUGGGUAUGCGUCGUAGAGAAACCAUGAGUUGGUUGGAUGGUGAUGUCUUGGAAGUCUCUUGUGGUACUGGUAGAAACAUCGACUAUCUUAAUUUAGAAAAAGUUGACUCUAUUACAUUUUUAGAUUCAUCUGAAAAAAUGGUGGAGAUCACUAGAGAUAAGUUCAAGGAGAAGCAUCCUAAAUUUAGAAAGGCGGCAUUUACUGUGGGUAAGGCUGAAGAUUUGGUGGAAUUAGCUGGUCUGGGACCAAAUGGAGUUAAAUAUGACACUAUUGUUGAGACCUUUGGAUUAUGUUCACAUGAAGACCCGGUCAAGGCAUUGGAAAAUAUGAAACAUCUUUUACGUCCUGGGGGAAGAAUUGUCCUUUUGGAGCAUGGAAGAAGUACUUGGGACAUGAUCAAUAAUCAUUUGGAUUUUAGAGCCGACAAGAGAAUGAAGACAUGGGCAUGUAGAUGGAACCUUGAUAUUGGAGAGUUGAUUGAGGACGCUGGGCUUGACAUUACUUAUGAGAAAAGAGUUCAUUUUGGUACUACUUGGAUGCUUGUUUGUAAGAAACCAGAAGAUCCAAUUAGAAUGGAUGAAAAGACCUUUCUCCAAAAGUUAUUUGGUAGAGGACCCCGGAUUGAAUAG